AGGAGGGUUAUGUUUACUUGUCAAAAGGGAGUUACUUCCAGCUAUUUUAAUGAUAAUUAAUAAAUAAACAUUAUCUAACAUUUAAAAUGGGUAGCCGUAAAGAUAGAAUAAUCCCUAUUGUGUUAGAAGAAGCUGAUUCAGUUAGUGAAGCAACUAGAACACUUCGCAGUAAGACUGUUCAAAUUCCUUCUUCAUCUAAUCGUGAAACAUUAGUAGCACAGUCCCAGAGUAUUAAAGAAAUGAAAUCACAGGAGGAAUCUGCCUUGGAUUUACGUGAAUCCCUACCUAGUUUUAAUGUUCCUGAGAAGAUUAUAAUUGCUGUUGAUAGAGUUCAAGAUGAUAAUUGCUCAGAAUUUGUUACAUCUGGAAAGUCUUACUCUCCUUUAGUGAUGGUGAAGAAGGCAGUUGAGGUUUUCAUACAUAAUAAGGCAAUUUUAAACUCGUCUCACCAAUUUGGACUUAUGGGAUUGAAUGAAACAAAUGUUGAUUGGAUACAGGACUUUACCAGUUCACCGCAGGAUAUAAUCAAUAGUGUAAAUGCAAUGAAAGAGUGUCAGACUGAAGAUAUUUUUGAUUUAAGUAGUGUUUUUAACAUGAUCAAUCGUAAAAUUGCACUGAAUGUUGCUAAAAGUGAUGUGGACGAUAUUCCCAAUUUCGUUGUGAGGUUGAUUUUAAUUUAUGGGAGAUCAUACACCAUACCAAAAUUAGAAAAAAGUGAAGAAAUCGAAAAGUUAUUGAACUGUCCUUAUUUUACAGUGGACUGCGUUAUGACACAUGAACCAGUUAGUUCUGCUAAUAACUGUGAUACAAUUUUUCGACAAUUGCAGCAAUUGGACAGGAAAGGUUUCUCUUAUUGUUUUGCAGUUGCACGGAAUGCUUUUGAUUUAUAUGUUUCUAUGGCAAAACUUUUAUCUCAUCCAUUGCAAAGACCUCCACAAGAUGAUGCAAAAUACUAUUUAGAAAAGUGUACCGAAGUUUAAUUAUAAUAAAUUUGAUUCUGACAAUAUAACAAAUGCUUCUUUUUAUAUUUCCAUUACUUUCGUCUAUUAAUGUUUAUUAUUAAUUACUAUUUAUUAUCUACACAAACAUUAAUAAGUGUUAUUUAAACAAACAA